AUGAAUACACAGAAUGAACUUCGUAUUCUCGUUGUUGGUGAUACAGGUGUUGGGAAAACGUUAUUUUUACGGCGCCUACGUCAUGCAAUGAUGCCAGAAAAGGAUGAUUUUAAUUCAACAUGGGGACCAACGGUUGGUUAUUAUGUAGAAGUUAUUUUAACAAAGCGUCAACAACGUUUUCAAUAUUCUUCUCAAAGUUCUAAUGAAAAUUCAUCUGUGGCAUUUAUUGAAUUAGGUGGAAAUCGUAAUUUUGGUCGAAGUGGACAAUUUCCUAUUAGUCUCAUGUCUUUUGGUGGUGUUAUUUUUGUCUAUGAUCGAAAUAAUGCUAAUAGUGCUAUUGGGUUAAGUCAAUGGUAUGAAGAUUUAAAAAAUUAUGGUAUUGUGGGUAAUAGUGGUGGGGCAAAAGUGAUGCUUCUCGAAACGGUACUUACACCAGAAAAUUCCUUUUCUAUGGGAAAUAAUAAUUGGCUUCCAGAUGAACUUGUCGGAUCUUAUCUGGAGGAAAAAGCAAAAAAGUCUUCAUUUUGUCAAAGGUCAAUUGAAAAGAUAUGGAAUUCAUCUUUUAGUAGGAUAAAUAUGCUUAAAUUGUCUGUCAGUGACUUUCAACAACAACAACAACAGCAACAACAAUGUAGUUUGCGUUUGCGUAUUUCUAUACUUCUUUUCCACUUGAUAUCAAGAUUUGAGGGUUUAUUAUUAUUUAUAGUAGCUGUGAUUCUUUUUGGUCCCAGUCAACAAUCUCUUCCGUUUCACAGGCCAUCGGUAACGGAAUCUCUAAUGACCAUCACAGGCGAUGUGAACAGCAUAGUAACAUUAGAGGCAUGUCCUUUGUAUGAUCAACUUCAAUUUGAAGCUGCUGCUGUAGAAAGUGUAAUGUCUUUUAUUGGUUCUCUAAGAAGUACUUGA